UAAAAUUGAAAUGGAGCAUCAUGCAGUCAAGAUGUUCGUCAACGAAGUGAAUGAUGUGAAAAUAUACAACUUAAGCGCUGGGAAAUCGGUGCCAGAAUGGUUAACAGACCGCCGAAAGCGUUCCCAGUUAAUGAAGAAAGUCGAUUCACGCCGACAAAUCGAGUUGAUACAGGAUUUCGAUAUGCCCGGCGUCUGUACGUCAAUACGUUUGAGUCCCGAUCAUCAGUACAUUUUGGCAACAGGCACCUAUAAACCGCGCGUCAAAUGCUUCGAAGUGUGCAAUUUAUCCAUUAAGUUCGAGCGUUGCUUUGAUUCGGAAGUGACAACCUUUGAAGCUAUUAGUGAGGAUUACAGCAAAUUGGUGUUUUUGCAAUGUGAUCGAUUUGUAGAAAUUCAUUCUGCCUCUGGUCGUCAUUACCGUUUGCGUAUACCGCGCUUUGGACGUGAUAUGAAGUACCAUAAACCAUCUUGUGAUCUCUUUAUUGUGGGCACAACGCGGGAAGUUUAUCGCCUAAACUUAGAGCGUGGCCAAUUUUUACAACCUUAUGAAACUGAAGCGAGUUGCAUAAACGCUUGUGAUAUUAAUCCCGAGCAUCAAUUGCUUAUGGUUGGUAGCAAAGAGGGUAUGGUGGAAGCCUGGGAUCCACGCAGUAAAACGCGCGUUGGUACAUUAGAUGUAGCAAUUAAAUUGCCAGGCACCAAAACGUUUCCCUCUGUAUCUGCUUUAAAAUAUAAGAAUGGAUUGCAGAUGGGCGUAGGCACCGCCUCUGGACACGUGCUACUCUAUGACAUACGUUCGCGAGAGCCACUGCUAAUAAAGGAUCAUUUAAAUAAGGUGCCGGUAAAACGUAUCGCUUUUAAUCCCAACCAUCAAACCGUGUACUCAAUGGACGAUGCAAUGCUUAAGUUGUGGGACGAAAAUACCGGCAAACAAGUCGCCUACAUUGAAUCCACUACAUCCUUUAAUGAUUUCUGCACCAUUCCUGAUACGGGCAUGUUUUUCCUCGCACAAGAAGAUGUGAAAAUGCUGACGUACUAUGUGCCCUCAAUGGGUCCAGCACCGCGCUGGUGUUCAUUCUUAGAUAACCUCACUGAAGAAAUAGAAUCGGAAGUGGUUGAGAAUAUGUACGACGACUACCAGUUUGUAACACAGAAGGAAUUGGAAGAAUUGGGCUUGGAUCAUUUGAUUGGCAGUAAUCUAUUGAAAGGCUACAUGCACGGUUAUUUCGUUGAUGCUCGUUUAUAUAACAAAGCCAAAACUGUCGCCGAUCCAUUCGCUUUUGAACGCUUCCGUAAAGAAAAGAUACGCAAAGAAAUUGAAAGCGAGCGCAAAUCACGUCUACAAAUCAAAUCUAAUCUUCCAAAAGUCAAUCAAGAUUUGGCGCUUAAAAUUAUGGACGAACAGUCGAACACCACCAAAGCGGCCAAAGCACCGAAUCUGCUUGAAGAUACACGUUUUAAGGCGAUGUUCGAAAAUCCUGAGUUUGCUAUUAACAAGAGUGCUGAAGAAUAUAAACUGCUGGCGCCUGUGCUAAAUCGUCUAGAAAAAUCUAAGCUAAAAGAGAUUAAAAAACGUGUCGAAGUUGCACACGUAGCUGAGCUGCAUGCGGACGAAGCGAAGCCGCACGAGGAAAGUGACAACGAUGAGGAUCUUUUCGGUUUCGAAAAAAGUGACGGCGAUAAUGAUGAUCAUUCAACUGCCGAGGAAUCCUCCGAUGAUGAGGGAAUGCGUGACUUCACGAAAGAAAUGAAAAAGGCAUACAAGGAUGUGAAGCGCCAACGUGAAGAGGAAGAAAUUGCGGAAAAUGAGCGCGAAGGUGAGGAAGAGGCCAACAGCGAUAAUGAGCAGCAAGCUAACUCGAUAACCACACUAACAAAUAAUCAGCGUAGAAGUAGCGUCAAGAUGACGGCACUGGAAGACAACAACCUCAAACUAAGUGAAAUGCGUAGCAAGAUAAUGAAAAUCAGUCUAAAAGACCGGGUGAGAUUCAAUGAAGCCACCAGCGCUAAUGUGACAACGAUUGGGCGUUCAUUGGGUAACCGGCAGAUGACAUUCGAUAUGAAAAAGAAGCCGACAAAGGACGAGAAGAAGCGGGAGUUUUUAAUGAAAAGGCAUCGGGAGGAGCGCAAAAAAGUCAUACGGCCAAUAACCGCGUUGAAGUUGAAAAAGGUUAACUUUAAGUGAAAUUUGUAAAAAUGUUUUCACUUUGCUUACAUCUAAAUCAUGUAAUUUAUUUUAAAUUGUGUAUCUGUAAAUAAAAUUUUUAUAAUUUACUAUAUU